CGGUCCUGUUUGUUACACAAGUCACAGCGCAGGAAUACGGUUGUGAGAGAUGAUGUACAGGGGAGCCCUUCGGAGCCUACUGACAGCGGGAAGUUGCGGGCAAAGUCGCACUGCGAGGGCUUGUCAUGGGGAGAGGAAAGAAUGGAGGGUUCAGAAGCAGUCGGAAGAGUCACAUCUCCGCCCUUUGUAUAUGGAUGUUCAAGCGACAACCUCAUUGGAUCCUAGGGUAUUAGAUCAAAUGUUGCCUUAUAUGGUGAACUAUUAUGGAAACCCCCACUCAAGGACCCACGCAUAUGGCUGGGAGACUGAAAAAGCCAUAGAGAAAGCUCGUGAGCAAGUUGCCUCUCUGAUUGGAGCGGAUCCUAGGGAGAUCAUUUUUACAAGCGGAGCUACAGAAUCCAACAAUCUCGCAAUUAAGGGUGUUGCCAGAUUCUACAAAUCACGUAAGAGGCACAUUUUAACAACCCAGACAGAACACAAGUGCGUACUGGAUUCGUGCCGCUCCCUUGAGGCCGAGGGAUUCCAAAUAACGUACCUUCCUGUGCAGAGGAAUGGCCUUGUGGAUUUAAAGGUGUUGGAAGAUUCUCUCCGACCAGACACAAGCCUGGUAUCUGUAAUGGCUGUAAAUAAUGAGAUAGGUGUAAAGCAGCCCAUAGAAGAGAUAGGACAGAUCUGCAGCUCACGCAAGAUCUUCUUCCACACGGAUGCAGCGCAGGCUGUUGGCAAAAUUCCCCUUAAUGUCAACCAAAUGAAGAUAGACCUGAUGAGUAUCAGUGGUCAUAAAAUCUACGGACCCAAAGGAAUCGGAGCAAUCUAUGUCCGGCGUAGACCCAGAGUCCGAUUGGAGGCUUUGAUCAGUGGUGGGGGACAAGAACGUGGCCUGCGAUCUGGGACUUUGCCAGCACCUCUUACUGUUGGGCUAGGAGCAGCCUGUGAAGUGUCUCAGGAAGAGCUGGAAUAUGAUCACAAAAGAAUCAGCGCUCUGGCCAAAAGACUCACCCAGAAUAUCAUGAGGCAAAUUCCUGAAGUUGUUUUAAAUGGAGAUGCAGUGCAGCGGUAUCCAGGCUGCAUAAACCUUUCUUUUGCUUAUGUGGAAGGGGAAAGCUUACUGAUGGCCCUUAAAGAUGUGGCCUUAUCAUCCGGAAGUGCCUGCACAUCAGCUUCUCUUGAGCCAUCUUACGUCUUGCGUGCUAUUGGUGCAGAUGAGGACUUGGCACAUUCAUCUAUAAGAUUCGGUAUUGGACGCUUUACUACUGAGGAAGAGGUUGAUUAUACGGUCAAUAAAUGUGUUGAAGAAGUGAAACGGCUACGGGAGAUGAGCCCAUUAUGGGAGAUGGUCCAAGAUGGAAUUGACAUAAAGAGCAUAAAGUGGACUCAGCACUGACCUUGCAGCACUUCAGGGGAUCGGUUCCAGCUGGAUUCUUUCCCAUAUAGCUCAGUCCUAUGGCCUCUGUUACACAGACUCUUGUUACCUUAGUUACCAGCCUUUUGCUUCAGGAGAUGGCACUGUCUGAUCCUCUCCUUAUAGUGUUUAACUAGUAGAACAAGGCUUGAGUAAUAAACACAGUUGUUGCCUUCAUAAUACUCCAGCUCUGAUGUGAAACAUCUGUACUACGGUACAAUGGAGGGGUAUGCAGAGCCUGGUGAAAAACCAAAUCUAGCUUAAACAAAAAAAGAAAACAUGUUUGAUUGUUCUGGUUAGUGUUUAAAUAGUUUCUUUAUAAAGGGGAUUUGCUUGUUAAAAUGCUCUGUUUAACCCUAAUUUUACAAAAGGCAAGUGUGGUCCUCUGGGUGACCUUAAACUUGGCUUCGGCAACCUGUGAACUCCAUGUGUUGGUUAAUUAGAACACUCAGACUACAGACAAACUAUCUGAAAACAUAUAUUUGCACUUGGUGAUACUGAUAUGUUUAAGAGUUUCUUUUUAGGAUCGUGCCAGAGAUAUGCCUAUCUUUGCCUCCCCCAACUCCAUCAUGGCUGCAGCAGUGAUCUUGGGCUUGAAGGCAGGGCAAAAAGUGGGUUAUUCAUAAGUGUUUCAGCCUAUGGAAGUCUUUUUUUUCUUGACCCCCAAACCCAACAUCACUGGAGAGGCAAUAUAUUAGAUUUAACAUAUUAAAUUAGUGCCAAUACUUUUUUAAUUUACAUUCCGGUAAAAAUUCACUCUCCGAGUUAAACUCCCUAUGUAAUGAACUUUUCCUAUUGUAAUUUGCUUUAAAUUGGCCAUACACCUAAAGAUCUGCUUGUUUGCAGAGGUUACUAAACACAAGCACAUAUUUUUUCGAAUAGUCUGUCAGAUCCAAAUCGUUCAGGGCCCCCCCCCAGGCCAGCAAUCAAAUUAUAGAGAGUGGUCAGGAGAGGACCACAUGGAUGCUUCGAUGUGGUCCUUGGCCAAUGUGAUUUUCAAACCCGUGUGAUAAUAAUCUUGAGCAGGCUGUCGAAAGGGCCCCAUACAUGAACCAGUAAGCUGCCAACUCAGCAGUUUUCCAUCCCUAAUUUACAUAUGCAAAUUAGGAUUAAGUUCGGACAUGCACAAGGAUUCGUCUGAAUUCAAAUCCUGCUGAAAAAGAGUACUGAACCAAAAUCUGGAUUUGGUACAUCCCUCAUUUCAACAGAUGGGAGUGGGGGAAGUAAGGGUGAUAAGAAAAACAACAUGGCUUACUUGCCAAUUUAAUGGAAAAUAUAAUAUGUAGCUUCUUUUCAAGCCUUAUUUAUAUAACAACACAUUUUCCCCUCCAUAAUCUGUGCUGCCUUGGUAGAUAGGGCCAUAUAGAGCAUAAUAGUAUUAAUCUAUUUUUCUAGUCUGUUUAAAACUUGAUUCUUUCCUGCCGUUCUUUGCUGGACUUUGCCUAUUUACAGGAAAGUGUAUACUAGCGAAAUUCAAAAAAACUACAAUUAUCUGAAAUGUAAUAAUUUACCGAUUUCGUUCUUGUUGGUAGUAAGAUAUGAGACCAGUCCUUAACCCAAAAUCCACACACAUUAUGUAUUGCAUUCUCUAUACGCACAAGGAGGCGCCUAGCUGUGUCCUCCAACUUUAUGCAGUAUUAAUAAUGUGUAAGUGUUCUUGGGAGUGCAACAGCCAGCCUAUUGAUACAUUAUGGUCUCUGUAUUGUCUGAGGCUUGGUUACAUUGGUUUGAUCUUAGCAGGAGUAGGGGAUAUUUCACCUUAAGCUUUAAGGAAUUUGGGCGGUUUUAUUUUAUUUUUUCUUUGGUUUCGCAUUGUUUGCCUUUUCUAUUGGUUCUCUAUCUAAAGUGAAACGGACAUUGUUCUCUGAUUGCUGCUUCAUGUAAACUGACUGAGAGUGUCAUUAUCUUCAAAGUUUAUAUGAAGAAGGGAAAAUCUGUGCAUUUACUGAGGAUUGAUAGGUAUGCCUGUGUGCAGUCAGACUUGUACACAUUUUUAGUCACUCUGCAAGUGACCAGUUUUCUGUAUAGAAAUAAUAAUUGUGGCUGGUAUUUACUGACUUUAAUGUACUCUAUCUGGUGAGAAAAUAAACGUGUUUCUGACAAUGA